UAUUUCAACAUUGGGCCCUGUUUUGAUUCCAAAAGUCAUUGACAUCUCUGAACGCAAACAAGAACGAACAAACUUUGACUUUUAAACCAACUCAUUUCUGUUACUGCUCCUUAUCCCUCUGCCAACAUGGACAGAAACAUAAGUGCGUUAUUACUGCUAUUAUGGCAUAUACUGCUUGUGCAUGGAGAAGCUUUGGAUAUGAUGCCGAUUGAACUUGCACCUAUUCCUUGUAACGACAAAGCAGUGGAGAAGCUGUCCCGGCUGGCUAUGACUUACAUCAAUGAGGAUAGAUCAGAGGGCUACAAGUUCGCUCUAAACCGAAUCACCAAUGUCCACCUUCACGCUCAGGGCCCAGCAGGCAACGUCUAUUACCUGGAUUUGGAUGUCCUCGAGACCAAAUGUCACAUAGGCAGCCCGAAACCAUGGAAACGCUGUGACGUCAGACCCUUCAUGGAAACACAAAUCUCUGGAAACUGCAACACGACCAUCCUCCACACACAAGAGGGAUACUCGUACCUCUACAGCUACGACUGCACUCUGGUCCCAGAUCCACCUGAGAAGCUGCAGCAGACCUGUCCCACUUGUCCCCUCUUGCUUCCCAUAGACAGCCCACAGGCCGUCACUGCUGCACAAGUCACUCUAGACUCGUAUAAGAGGAAGUCCCUGCUGGGGGCUGGACUGGGAGUGAAAAAGAUACUGAGAGCAGCCCAGCAGACUAGACCAGUGAAAAGCAGCUUUGUCGAGUACACUGUCCAGCAGUGUCCAGAGGGAACCACUGAAUCAGGCACCUGCCAAAGACUGACCGCUGCCUCCGACACAGAGACGACAGGUUUUUGCUCUGGAUCUGUUCAUGGAGACGUCAGGACCCAUCCUGAAGUCCACGUGUCCUGUGAGAUGUUCAAAGUGCAGACUGUGGAUGUACUGAGACCGCUUCAGCCACAGGGUCAUGACCUGGCACCGGACCACCCUAUAAUCCCCUCUGACGCCCCCUUUAUCACCGACCAAGACCCACCUAUCGCCGAGCCUACAUUUACUCCAAUUAUUGUCCCUGCACCUGUCGCACCUGUCGCCCCUGCCACCCCUCCCCCACCUCCACCACCAGCUCCCCCUGCCCCUCCCGUCAAACCUGCCCCACCUGCACCCCGCAUAGACCUACCCUCCGACCCCCUCACCUCAUCCUCUAGUGAAUCUUUUGAGAUCCUGGUGCCGCGUCCUGCACUUCCUGGCGGUCCGGUGCCCCCUGCUGGUCCGGUGCACAUGGCUUCGUCCUCUGAGGAAUUCGGUGUUCCCCUGGCUCGCCGACCGCCCCAUAACUUCUGGUACAAGAAGCGGGAUGAUCGCAGGAGACGUCAAGCGUUACCUUUGACCCAGUCCACUCACACGCCGGUCUUCCUCACUGACUUUCCGGAUGGUUCCUCUCCUUUCCGCUCAUGUCCGGGCCCUUCAAGAUACACCACAGUUUAAUAGAAGUCAAUGGAAUAGUUACAUGUGGAAAAAGUAACUAUACUAAUCAGUGAAAGGUGAUUUUUAUUGAAAAUUACCUCCUUGGUGCUCAUGUAAUAAUAGUGCUUCUAAAGUGGCCUAUAGUCCAAUUGUCUGAACAAUGUAAAUCAGGCUGAUGAUGGCGCACUUGAACAAGGCCUUGAGCUAAUGCUUAUGUGCUUAUAUUACACAAUAAAACGUCCAAUUUGCCUCU